GAAGAGGCAGCAGCGAGGUGGCGGCAGGCAGGGGAAGGGCCGCACAAAUGUCAAAUUAGUUCACUUGACGCAAGAUGGAUUCACUCUCUUUGAUUCAUUAUAUACACCGAGUUAGUGAUAUUCUUUAAUUAGCUGUCUUCUGUAGUGUUUCACAGCCCUCGUGCCACAACAAUGGAGUCCAACAUUAAGGAGAUAAUAGAGGAAUUCAUGGAAAGUGCGUUGGCGCAAUGGGUUCUGCUGUUUGAGAAUAUGGUGGAGGGUGAGGAUGGUGCCCCUCUCUACAGCCAAUACAUGGAAGUGAACUCAGUUUCGCAGAGCACCCGAGACCGCUACCUGAGGCUGACCAAUGGGAUUUUCCUCAAUGAGGUCAUGAGGGUCAUAGACCCAAACCCCAAGGUGGAGAGGCUGUACAACAGCGAGAGAGAUGACCACAUGCUGAGAGUCCAGAAUUUUUCUAUUUUAAAUCGACACCUCCGAGCCUUCUACCAGGAAGAUUUGCAGCAGUUGAUACUCAUGCCUCUCCCAAAUGUUGCCAUUCUGGGGCAGGACCCCCUAACAGAGGCAGCCGUGGAAGAGCUCAGGCGACUGCUGCUGCUCUUACUAGGAAGUGCAGUUCAGUGCGAGAAGAAGGAAACAUUCAUUCAGCAGAUCCAGUCUCUGGACAUUGAAACCCAGGCUGCCAUUGCCAGUUGUAUUCAGCAAGUAACUCAGGAUCCUCGUGUGGUGCUGCCACUUCAGUGGGAGGAGCUUGUGGAGACUGAAGGUGCGGACUUACAGCUGGUGUUUAGUUCCAUGGCUAAACAGAUCCAAAGCCUGCUGGCACAGCGAGACACACACUUGGAGAGAAUAACAGAGCUCUGUCGGGACCGAGAGGCCCAGUCAGACUCCACGACAGGGCCCUUUGGUGGCCACAACGAGGACUCACCCCAAGGUCUACUACUCCAGCUGGCAGACAGCAAGGCCAAACUCCGCCGGCUUAAACAACAACUGGAAGAUAAAGGUGAUCAGAUACUGGAUUACAAGCAGGAGAUUCAGACCAUGGAGGAACAGCUUCAGAAGCUUCAAAAAGAGAACCGUUCUCUGCAGGGUGAUGUGAGGGGCAUGCGUGCACUGCGGGAUGAGCUGGACUGUGCCCGAGAGCGAGCUGCACGGUCCGAGCAGCUCCAGACUGAGCUUCAAAGCUGUAAACACAGAUUGCGCAGCCUGGAGCUCACACGCACUCAGCUGAAGGAGCAGCAGCAGCUGUGUGCAGCGCUGCAGGAGACCAAAACGCUUCUAGAAGAGCAGCUGGCGGACGCUCGGGCGCGCUGCUCCUCGCUACGUGAACUGGAGAGGGACAAUCUUCUGCUACGUCAGAGAAUCAUGGAUGUGGAAGCGGAGCGGGACACCGAGAGGCAGCGAGUUGAUGAACUGCUGGAGAUGAACAUGAGCCUCGAGGCGGACCUGAGGCACAGCAGCAGCGGGGGCAGCGUUCCUGCUCCUGUUGCUGCACUUCAGCAACGUUUCUUCCAAUCAGAAUUGGAGUCUGACGAUGAGCUGAGUGAAGUGAUUGAUCAGAAGCCGUUGAGUGUGGAAGUGGGCGAAGCUUCGACGCUGAGGCUGCUGGGUGCGGAGCAGGAAAAUGCAGAGCUGAAAAGACGACUGGAGGAGUUGCAGGCCCAGCAGGAGGCUGAUUCUCAAGAUGCAAAGGAUGAGUCGGCCUGCCUGGAGAUGAAGCAUCAGGAAACAUUCAGGGAGUUUCAAAACUUGAAGAAUGAAAAUGCCACUUUGAAACAGCGUCUGGAACAGCUUGUGACCAAACUUGAACACCUAGAAGACAAGAGGAAGGAGGAGGGAGUGAAGAUGCCAGACAGAAAGAAGAUGGAGGAGGAAGAGAAGGUGGUGAGAGGAGUCCAGGGCUCUGAAUCCUGCAGGGGAGAGGGGGAAGGAAGGGUUAGGAUGAUGGAGGCGAAGGUGAAAAGAGAAGAAGUCAUCGGGACACACCGUGAAGCAGGAGUUGGUGAGGAGGUUCUCUAUGUUCAAAGGGGAAAAGAUGAAGGUGAUGAGGUGCUCCAGACCAACAGGAGAGGAGAGGCAGAGGGAGGGCAGAAAGAAAGGGAGAAACAGGAAAAAGAAAGUGAGCCAAAGAAAGAAAAGACUGAAUUAUCAACAAGUUCAGAAAUACAAAAGCAUCCUGUUGAAGAUAAAGUAGAGACUAUAGCUACACACCUGGCUGUAUGUUCCCUGUCUGCUCCUCAUGUGGAGAUUCUGACAAACCGACUUCAGGAGGCCCAGGAGGAGGCCGAGAGACAGAUGAAGAUGGCCCAGGACGCGCAAUCUAAGCUGGGAGAGCAGACCAGGAAAACUUGGGAGGUUGAGCAGCGCCUCGUGCUCCUGGAGGCUGAGCUGCAGUGUCUGAAGAAAGCUGCAGCGAGUCUGGUGGAGGCCCGGAGUCAGAUAGAGGUUCUUCAGUCUGAGGGUCUGGUCAUGGAGGAGGAGUUGUGUCGCUUACGAAGCCAAGCGGAGCUCCACAGGAUGCAGACCACAGUCAUCGCCACCCUGGAAGGAGAGCGGGCUGCACUGGAGAGAGAAAGGGACAUGCUGCGCAGCACAGUGGAUGCCCUGCGCACUGCCCAGCGCAAGAGUGACCAGUUAGAGCUCACCACCCAGACUCUAAGAGCAGAGCUGGAACGUCAGGGCCGCAGUUUGGAGACUUCCCGCCGUCGGGAGGAGGAGCUGGAGGCAGAGCUUCGCGAGGCCACCCUGGAGGCUGAAUCUUUGGCCAGGGCGCGAGAUCAGGCACUGCUGGAGGCUUCUCGGUUGGAGCAAGAGAAAGAAGUGUGUCAGUCAGAGCUGGAUGGCCAUCGGAAGGAGGGCAGGCAGAGAGAGAGGGAGGCAGGGAGACUGAGGCAGCAGCUGGAGAGCACGACCCUGGCCCUGGAGCACAGCAACCAGAGAGCCCGUGCUCUGGAUGCUGAACACAGACGUGUAUGUCAGCAGCUGUCUGAGUCCAAGGAGCUCUGCGCUCAGCUGCAGGACCUGGAGAAAGAGUUCAGCAUUCGAUUAAGCAGCAUGGAAGAGGGUAAACAGCAGCUGCAGGAGCAGUAUGCAGAAGCGCAGGCCAAGAUUAGCUCACUGUCCCAGGAUCUAACCCAUGGGCAGGCUCAUUCUGAGAAACUGGCCACUCAAGUGGAACACAUGAGCCAGAAGCUACAGCGAUCUGAAGCUGAACUGCAUUUGGCGAAAGAUUCUCUCCGCCAGUCACAGGAGAGAAUGGAGUUUCUCUCCCAGUGCCUAAAGAAAAGUGAACCUCUGCAGUUAGAGAAGAGGAGGGGAAGUGCAGAAGUGAACAAUACAUCUAAUUCAAAUUCAGAAUCGAUAGACACGCGAGAUGUGUCACCUUCGGAUCAAAGCCCUGAGGCUGCCAAAGGUCGUGACCUUUCCAUGACCCAUGAUCAUUCCACGGGGGAGGCAGAGAGGCAGCUGAGUGAGAGGGUGAUAGAGCUGGAAAAAGAGAAAGUGGUGGCGGCUGCAGAACAUGAGGCUUUGCUGACGAGAUUGUCUCAGUCCCAGGAGGCAUGUGAGCACCUUAAGGAGCAGCUGGAGGCUCUGCGUCGGCACUCCCUCAGCCUACAGGACUCCUGCACCAGACUACAGACGCUCAACACACAACUACAGGUGGAGCAAGCAUCACUGAACUCCCAGCAUGCAGCGGUGUUGGCGCGCUGCAGUGAGAGCAAGGCCCGGUGUGCCACCCUAGAGGCUGAGUCAAAGGUGUGGGCACGGGAGCGUGAGGAGUCAGUGGCCAGGAUGGACACUAUGAGGCGGGACCACGAACGGAUGACCGUGUUGCAGCAGCGUCAGGAGGUGGAGCUGGAGGAACUGCUGGAAAAACACUCUCAACUGCGGAGCAACAACCGUAGCCUGGAGGCCCAGCAUCGAGAGCUGGAGGGCAGGUACAAGGAGCUCUUGGAUGGUAAAACUCAGCUGGAGGAAAGAGAGCGGGAGAUGAAGUUGGAGAGAGAGAAGAUGGAGAUGGAGACCCAGAGGAGGCUGGAGAGAGAACGAGAGCUGGAGAGGCUGAAAGAAGACAAUGACAGGCUGCAGGCCCAGCAGAAGGAGUGGUUGGCAUCACAGGCGGAGCUGCUGGCUCAGGGCUCGGUGCUGAGGUCAGAGCUGAACACUUCCCAGCUGGAGAGGACUCGGCUGGAGGGGGAGCUCAGCGCCCUGAAGGAAUCAAACCAAAGCCUGGAUCUCAGCAACGCUCGGCUCACCAGCCAGUACCAGUUGUUGACCCAGCUGAAGGGGAACAUGGAAGAAGAGAAUCGACACUUAGCAGAGCAGAACCAGAGUCUUCUGAGGGAGAACCGUGCCUUACUGGAACAGAGCCUGGAGCGCCGUGACCAGCAUUAUUCACAGCAGAGGGAAUACCAGGAGAAGCUGAGCGAGCUCCGACGGGAGAAGCAGAAGUUGGUGGAGAAGAUUAUGGAUCAGUACAGAGUCCUCGAGCCCAGCAUGCCAUCCCCUUCCAGCAAGGCCAAGAAAUCUAACUGGAUUGCAGACAGGAUGAAGAAGCUAAUCAAACCCCGGGGAGGAGGAAGAGAGGGACGCGCCGUCUUCACUGCCGCGGGCAGCGUGGAAAACCUGGCCGACAGCACUGAAUUUACAUCAGACACACACACACCUCAGCCUGACCCUCGCAGCGCUCCAGUCUCUCCUUCUCCCUUGAGAAAAGCUCCACCCCAGGCAGAAAUGGAGGUCUCUCUUCCCGGGGCACCGGCUACGCGCGCUGGCUCCGGGGGCCGUCGUAAGCUGGGAUCCCGUCACGGCUGGGGGUUGGGAUUGGCCAGAGGAGGCUCUGGAGUUUCACAAUCUUUUAGUCCCGGCGACCACAAGACAAGGCAGCAGCGGUCCAGCCAGAGCAGCAAUUCCAUCCUAUGGGAGGGAGAGAGACGUGUAUCUCAGGAAGCAGACGCCUUGGUGACCAGUCAUGAGAGUGCUGAGGAGGAUGAAGUAAAAGAUAAUCAGCACUCAAGUGAUGACAGCACAACACCACAAGACAGAGCUGUCGAGUCCCCGUAGCUGAAUUAAUAACAAAUUUUUUUGUUAUGUGCUCCAUGGAAACCAUUUUGAUGACUUUUCUUCAAUGUCUGAAUAUUUUAAAUACAAGAUCCUCCUAGUAUUUUUGAAUACAUGAAU